CCUAUAAUUAUAAUAUACUUGACACCUAUCACACAAUUGGGAAGCCAAUACCACAAAUAUUUUUGAUGCUUUAGCAUCUUGUACAAUUUCUUAAUUUUUUGUUUUGCUUUAUUAACAAAUCAACUUCAAAAUAUUAGUGGCUUUCAACAAAGGUUUAUUUUUCUCCUGUAGGCUAAAGUUGUUGGCAGCUAUGCUCAUGUUCCACUUUUAAUUUCUUUCAUUUUAGAAUGAAAGGGAAUUAUUCCAAAUUAUGACAUGCUGUCUUAUGUGUGAUAGAUUAAAAACAACCUAACAGAUGAUGGAUUUCCUGGUUCCCAGCCUUGUUGAUGAAAGUGUGGACAGCACUGUUGCCAAGAAGAAUUACCCUCUAAUCUUCAGUACUCCAAGGCAACAUACUGAAAUUCGCCUUGGUGGAAUUCACAUCUCUGGACACACGGAUGAGAAGAUCUCCACCUUAGAGAAGACUCUGGUGGUCCAUGGGGAAUUCUACCUGAGAUUUGUCUUUUCUGUGGAAGACUACAAGGUAAAUGGCUAUGACUUGGAAAAACUUCACUUCAGAGUUGAUCACAAAGUGCUGGUCUCCUCCAAAAAAGCCCAUAAAGACAAUGAAUUUCACUGCAUGUUUUGGAAGAUGCAUAACUCCUACAUAGAUGUGCUGUACAACUCCAUCUAUAACCUAGAGGGACCAUCACCAUUCUAGCACCUUUCAUAAUAUAGGAACAUUUGUGAUGAUAUAGGUCUGUUGAGCAAGAACUGUCACUAGUCAUCAGAAACGUAACUGCAAUGUACAGAUCUGUAUUCAUUAUCAUUAUCUCUUCUUAAAUUUAACACACAAACCACCUGGGGAUGAGGCCGUGUACAUGGUGCCUCUAAGCUAAAGGCCUUGUGAGAGGAGCAGUAGGGGCUGGAGUUGGUAUAUUAAAACCAACAAUAGCUUUCAAAGCCUCUGUAUGGAAUUCACUUCAUCAUAUAAUUCACCAAAAUGAGGUCUAUUGCUAUGUCAAUGGCCUAGGUAAGUAUAUGCUUCCCACUUGUGCUACAAGAAGGUACUGUAGAUCCACUGAAACCAACUGACACAUACUCAGUUGUGGGUAGUAAAUAAAUGGGAAUGACAAUUCAUGAUAACACAAAUGGUCUGCUACUUAUUUCUCUUUUGACGAUCUCUGUAAUGCCUCACUAAUUUCUUAGAGUUUUCUGUCUUCAAAAUAUAUUGUAUAGUUUAGAUAGUUAACUCUGUGCUUCUCCUUGACUUCUUCGUUUUCACCCAGCUGCGUGUCCCUAUAACUACCUAUAUGUGGACUCAGCUCUACCUAAUUACUUUAGGCUGGCAAUUAAUCAGGAGCCAAAUUUAUAGUAUAUAUAUACAGUGUGAGCGUCAGUCCUCUCAGUGAAUAUAAAGCCUCUUCCUGAACGGCUGCAGAUUUAUUCAAGGUUCUGAUUUCCUGCCCAACAUUUAUUUAUCAGCUGUUUUCCAUGAGGCUAGGUACUGUGCUUCCUCAUAUGUGUUGUAGUGUCUUGUAACAACAGGACACCUCAAAUAGCAACAGUACUCAAAUGUAUGUGAAGAUCUCUACAUUAUUCCUUUCCCGAACCUGCCCAGCUUCUCCUGCUACAUAUGAUUAUUUUAGAAAAAAGAGAUGGAUCAAAUUAAGUAUUCAUUCCCCUUGGACACUGACAUUUCGUCUCUAAUCAGCCCAUUUAUACCAAGUUUUACUCAAAAAAGCACGUGUUCUGAUUUUACCCUGAUAUUAAUAUGAUUUAAAUUAGCAUGUUCUUUAGAUAAAACUAUGUCAAUUUUGAAGCUUUUAAACCCAAAUGCAUACUAUUGUUAUAGUAUUUGAUAACAUAUUGAGUUCCAUAUUGAUGACCACAAAAAGGCUAUCUAUGUGACAUAAAUACAGUGAAUAAGUAUUUCUUACUAUCAUAAUUUUAAGUCACUAAUGAUACAUCACAAUUUGAAACUAUUCCAGGGCUCUUCAAAGUGGAUAGAAUAAAACAUUGUGAAUUUAUAUGUGUUUUGAUCAUAUGCAUAGCAGUUUUAAUAAUUAUGUAACAUUAAGCUAUAUUUUUGAAGUACAUAUUUGACAUUUGUAUAUCAUGAAGCUGUGAAAGCGUAAGAAUUAUACUUGGCAUUCUAUAAUUGAUUAUUUUACAUCCUUAAAUCAUGGGCCACACUAAUAUCCAAAAAUUCUUCUUAUCCUUCAAUCCCUGAAUUUUCAGGAUGGUCAGAAAAUCAUAUUAAAAACCUUCUAGCCCCAAACUACAACAUUUAUGCUUCUAUUCUUGAUAGAGCAUGACGUCAUAUAACAAGUCCCCACUAAGAAUAAUAACAGCCUACUCUCCCGCUUCCCCUUGGUCUUUCUGCCUUCUGACCAGCUCUAACGCUUUCUGCAUAUGAUCCUGUGUGGCAUGGCACGUUCAAGAGUCCAGAAAACAAUAAUGAAUACAAUCUUCUUUCAAUGGCAUUGUCCUCUUAAUGUCGUCACUCUGUCAUAACUGUAAUUAAAUACUGGGUACAUUUUGAAACAGAAUUGCUAUCACAAGAUCACAAGGACAUCUAGCUGAACAAGCAGUGCUUUCAUGGUUAUUGGGGUUGUGGAUUUCUACUUGUCAAACAUUGUAAUACAACUUAUAAAUUGGUUGUGAUAUCAUUUUUCAGUUAUAUAUGAAUAUUAUAGACAUACUUUUCUACAAAGAUAAACAUAUAAAGCUCAA